GCUCUCUGCUGAGACCAGACAGAGGGGAGCAAACUGAAAGAAGGAAACUGAGAGCUUCUCCUGCUGCAGACAGACUGAAACCAAGCGAUGGAAGCAGAAUCUAGCAGAGCUGUGGAAGUGGCCGCGCUUGGCCGACCUUUCGGCCUUGGGAUGCUGUAUGACUGCCGCAGGGAUUUACUCAUUCCGGGGAUCACCUUGUGGAACAACGAUGACCUGUUGAAAAAUGUAAACGAGAGGCAACAGAACUACAAUAACUUUGAAAUAAAUACAUCUGAAACAGAUGAGAAAAAAUACUCAGUACUAGAUGUUGGAGGGUCGCUGAAGUUAAGCUAUUCAGCCGGAAUGUUUGAUGUUGGAGGGUCUGGUAAUUAUCUGAAGGAUAACAAGACUUCUAGAAAUCAGGCUAGAGUAACACUGCAGUAUUUGGCCAACACAAAGGUCAGGGAGCUCUCUAUAAACAAUCUUGGAGAAAAUAUCAUGCUCACAGAAGUGGUUGAACAAGGCUUAGCAACACAUGUGGUGACAGCCAUCCUCUAUGGAGCCCAAGCCUUCUUUGUGUUUGAUCGUGAGGUCUCCAAAGAUGAAAAUAUAGAAGCCAUUCAGGGAGAAUUCAAAUUAGCCAUCAAGGAAAUAUCUAACGUCAAUGUAGAUGGAGAGGCUUCUUUAACAAAAAAUGACAUCAACAGAAAAACUGAGAAUAAAUUUUCCUGUAAAUUUUAUGGAGAUUUCAUAUUGCAGAAAACCCCUUUAACCUUUCAGGAAGCUAUUCAGCUGUAUCAGACUCUACCGAAUCUACUGGGAGCCAAUGGAGAACAGGCUGUUCCUUUGAAGGUCUGGAUGUUGCCUCUGACUAUUUUAAACCCUUCAGCUGCCAGAAUGGUCAAACAGAUAAGUGUUGGGUUGGUUCAAGAGACGCAGAGGAUCCUGGACGACCUCAGCCUGCUGGAAGUCAGAUGCAAUGAUGCAAUCAGAGCUACUGCUGACAAGUUCCCCAAGAAUGGACAAAACCUGAAGAGAUUUAAAGAAAUGGGCUCAUAUCUAAAAGUGAUGCUCCAGCAAGAUCUGGCAAUGAAGCUUCCUUUGAUCCGAGGCGGAGAAUGUGAGGAGGAUGAGCUUGAAAAGAUCUUUAGGAAGAGACAGUCUUCUCCUUUCAGCAACCAACGCCUGAACCAGUGGAUGGACUGGAAGGAGAAAGAAAUCUGCUUCCUAAAAGCUUUGAUGUCCACGAUGAAGAGCACAAAGCACCUUCCAUCUCCAAAUCAACUCUAUGAAGAAGUUCUUAGAACAGAGGAGGUUUUGUGUUUUGUCUUCACCUCAGUGGAAGAUGAUGAACCCUUUGUCUCAGCUUUAGAGAACUACCUGAAAGGAACAAAGCUCGACUGCUCAGCUGAUAAAGAGAGGGAGCAAUGGUUGGACUCAAAAGAGGAAGUAGAUGAUAUGAAGAAAAAAGCAAAGCUCUUCAGUGAUUACGCAGAAGCCAACAAGGAGAGGAAGAACAUGAAGUUCCUGACUGUGGCUUUAACCGAUGACAAACACAAGGGCAAAUGUUCCACCAUCUACCGUUACAAACAAGGCAUCAUUGAGACUGAAGACUAUGAGAUUCCUUCCCCAAAUCAGUGAGACCUGUUUCUAUGGCAAGUCAUUACUGAUUUAUUUGCUGAUAUCAGU